UUGUUCAUUUCCUGUGUUUUUUCUGUUUUCAGGCCAACGCCUCCUCAGCUCUCUCCUCCGAAGAUUCCCGAGGGAGACAGAGUGGACUUCGACGAUAUUCACAGGAAGCGGAUGGAGAAGGAUUUUGCUGAGCUCCAGACUCUCAUCAAUGUUCACUUCGAGCAGCGCCAGAAAGAGGAAGAGGAGCUAAUCCAACUGAAGGAGAGGAUUGAGAAUCGUCGUUCUGAGCGUGCCACUCAGCAGAGGGUUCGCAGUGAGAAGGAUCGUGAUCGGCAGGCCCGCCUGGCGGAGGAGAGGAAUCGGAAGGAGGAGGAGGAGGCUAAGAAGCGGGCCGAGGACGAAGCGAAGAAGAAGAAGGUCCUCUCCAACAUGGGGGCGCAAUUCGGGGGUUUCCUGGCCAAGGCGGAGCAUCGCCGCGGGAGGCGCCAGACGGGCCGCGAGAUCAAGAAGAAGACGCUGGCGGAGCGGAAGAGAUCCCUGGACAUCGAGGGCCUGCGCGAGGACAGGCUCAGGGAGAAGGCGGAGGAGCUGUGGAACUGGAUCCAUCAGCUGGAAUCGGAAAAAUUCGACCUGAUCCAGAAAAUGAUGAUGCAGAAAUACCAGAUAAAUGUCCUCUGCAAUCGCAUCACCCACGCUCAGAAAUUCACUAAGAAAGGCGCUGGGAAAGGACGGGUUGUGGGAAGAUGGAAGUAAAGAAGAAAGAAAGGCGGCGAUCUCACCGUUGCUGUGCGCCUGAAAAUGCUUUCGAAUGAAGAUUCAAGAGCUUCAGCCUCCCCUCCUUCCAGCCGCUCUCCAAAUCCCAUUCUCUCCGUGCUGUACCCCCUCCCACUCCUCUCCCCUCUCUCUCCUCCCCCCUUCCUCUCUCCUCUCCUGUGUGUAUUCAGCGUGUUUUGCUGUUUGAUUCAAUGUAACUCUCGUCUGCAGGGAGACUCUGCUCUGCUCAAUAAACUCACACUCAGAAAUCUA